CCUAUACAUGGUGAGGUGCUCCAGGGAAUAGAUAUAGGGAGAAAACCAGCUUAUGGGUUUUUUCCGAGUUGUUUUGAAUCUCUGGUCUGGGUCCUGGAGUCCGGAGGCUUUGUAGAGCAUUGGGUGGGAUGAAGCUUCCAUUCUUAGGUCCAUUAUGGAUUUUGUGCCAAGAGCAUGUUCAGCUGACUGAAUGGUAAAAGGAGUGUUACUAUUCAGAACAGGGAGAAGGGGGAAGCACUGAGAGGACAGAUCAGGCUCCCUAAAACCAAGCCAGCCACACUCAUUGGGAGAGGUACUGGGGCUUGUAAGGAGAGAUUGAAAGUUCCUGACUGUUUGGAUUUAUGCCAUGCUGAAAACCUGCAACAUGUCCAGGGCUCUUGCAAAAUGUUUUAGAUCACCUUCAGUUCUAUUAGUAACUUCCAUCAUAUUGUUAAGCUUCACUAUUCACUGGAUAUUAAUAAAGCAGCCCCUAAGAUGCAGCCAUUUUCAAAUUAAAUAUGCAAAGCCACUGGCUACACUUGUAGACAAUGAAGAAAAAGUAACUGAGAUAUUCAACGCUAUCACCCGCACAGUCCCCAGCGUUUAUUUUACAAAUAUAAGUACCACAACCAGUGCCAAGAACAGCAGAGGGAUAAUACUGGAUUUAAAGAAACAAUACUGUGUUGGAGACUCCUUAACCGUCCAAGUUACCAUGUUUGAUUAUGUUGGUAAAAGAAAGACUUAUGGAGGGGAUUUCUUAAGAGCAAGAAUUUUUUCUCCAAAAGUUGAAGCAGGAGCUUCGGGAAGAAUUGAUGAUCUAAAUAAUGGAUUGUAUAAUGUCCACUUUGCCUUAUUCUGGGAAGGAAAUGUAAAAAUAUCCAUUCUCUUGAUGCAUCCUAGUGAAGGAGUGGCAGCGUUAUGGAGAGCAAGGAAUUCUGGGUAUAAAAACAUUAUCUUUUAUGGACAAUAUGAAUACAGAUCUAAAAAGGUGCAGUCUGAAUGUGGGUUUGAAUUAGAUUCAGAUGAAGCAAAAUGUGAAUACGGGGCUAAGGAAGACAAAGACUUUUUUUACUGUAUUAAACCAGAUAAUGUAUCUUGUGAGUCUCUAAUUUCAGUGACAAGUAAAGAAAGAAGUCACACGUAUCUAAAUACUUUGGAGAAGACUCUAUUCCUUAGGUCAAACAUUGGUGUAGAAAUUCCCCAAACCACUGAAAGCGUUGAUGUUAUGAGCUGUAACAGAAACAGUGAGGUUAAGCCAAAAUGCUCAACUGGAAUGUUUCAACCAUUUCCAAGUGGUUAUUUCUUGAAUAAUGUUUGGUAUCCUGUGUUCUGCAACCUUUCUACCUAUGAUCCUCAAUCUCACAUCAGCAAUUGUCUCUCUGGGAAAAAGAUUUAUAUCAUGGGAGAUUCAACACUUCUUCAGUGGACUCAUUAUAUAGCAAGCAUUAUGAACAGCCUGAAAUUUUUUGACCUGCAUGCAAGUGGCUCCUUUAAUACACUCUUGCUUCUGGACACGGAUAAAAAUGUCUACAUUCAUUGGAAAAAACAUGGCCACCCUCUGUUAAUUGCAUAUGCCUUUACAGUCAAGGAUUAUUCUACUGUAAAUCAAGAAAUUGAUAGACUUGAAGGUGGCCCACAAACUGUUUUUGUCUUUUCCUUAGGUCAUCACUUCCGACCAUUUCCUAUUACCUUAUUUAUUAAUAGACUUCUCAAUACGCGCAAAGCCAUAGAACGGCUCUUUCUUCGUAGUCCAGAUACAAAGGUCAUCAUAAGAACCGAAAACACCAGGGAGCAGAGUGUGGCCAUGGAUCGAUUUAGUGACUUUUAUGGUUAUAUUCAGUAUCAGUUAACAAAAGACAUCUUCCAAGGACUGAAUGUAGGAAUUAUUGAUGCCUGGGACAUGUCAAUUGCUUCAGGAGCAUUUGAACUUCAUCCUUCAGCUUCAACUGUUAAAAAUCAAAUAAACAUGUUUUUAAAGUAUAUUUGUUAACUCUGUAUAAUAGUAAAUGGUUGUUACCCUCUACGUGUAGCAUCUAUUCUAGAGCAUCAGAACCACCAUUGCAAUUCUUCAACCAUUUAUAUUACCUCCAUUCCCAUCUUCUGGCAUUCCCUCUUACCUACCUACAGCAGUUCUACUGACAAGCACCCCAACUUCCUCCAAACUCUUCUUCUUUACCUAGAGGCAGAACUAAAUGUUACAGGGCCCAAUGGAAAUUCAAUUUAGGGCCCCAAAACAAUAAGUUGACAUGUUUUACCAAGAUAUAUUGACAUUGCUCAUUAUUAGGGCCUUACUGGGCUCUCCACAUUCCUGUAACCACAGAAUCUGCUUUCUCUGUAGUUACGCCCCUGCCUUUACCUUACCCUUUAGUCUUUAACAUUACACAACCUCUGCUACAAAUUGCAAUAGCCUCUCACUGGAUCAUGUUUUUCUAAAAGUGUGCACAUAAGAUAUUUCUGCACAUGGAACUAAAAAUAGAUUAAGAACCAUUAAUACAACAAUUAAUAAGCUCCCUUGAUGCUUACAGACACCGAGGGUGAAAACAUGAUGGUACCAAGUGGGGGAGUGGCAGAAAAGCAAAAAAAAAAAAAAAAAGAUUCCAGAAAUCAAAUUCUGAAGUCAGAAGAUGAAAAUCAAAGUCAUGUUGAGCACAAGGUCAGUACAGGCAGCAAACAUACAUGAUCAAAAAAUCAAGGUCUGUGGUCAACACAGGAAAAUACAAUCGAAAUAGAGAGCUCAGUGUCACACUAGUAAUCAUAAUCACUUUGCAAUGAGAAAGAACCCUUAGGGUCUUCUUACGUGGCACAUCAGCUCAAACACAAUAUUGCAUCAAUACAUGACAUAAUUGCUGUGUGUCAAUUCAUUUGCACGCUGGCAUCAGUAGCCAUGUAAUACAUUCUUGUGUUGAAAGCUGCCUAGCUGAGUGCACCCAAAGACCUCUAGUGUUGGAUGCCCGAUCGCAACCUUAAUAUAGAACAAACUAUUCAGCACUGUUAUUGACACUCUAACUCCUCCAACCCCACCAUUUCCUAUAUGUAACAAACUGCAGCCUUCAUCCACCAAGAUAACAUGAUCUUUCCAAAAUUGCUACUAUUUUAUAGAGCAAUAUUAAAGAAAAUCCCUCAGACUUUAACUCUCCCCCACACUCUCUUCAAAUAUUCAUACUUUUCAUUAUCCUUGUCAAACCCACAAUACCUCUCCAAUACCUUUUAUACUUUUCUCUACCCAUCACUCAAGAUAUUAAUCUUAGAAUCAACUUGUAGUGAUAUAUCUCUACAUGUUAUUAGCCCCCACAUAGUGCUCUUCUGUCUGGUCCACCCAGUAAAGGUUUAACUAGCACCUUUGCAUAAAAAUAGAAGAUGUGUUUGCAAACUCAUGCCCUAUAAAAUUAUCUCUCUACCUUUUUCAAUCUCAGCCUUACCAGUAGCCUGAUUCUACCUUGUUUUUUUCAAAUAUAGAACGCUCUCUAUCUUUUACCUCUUGGCCUCCAGAAAUGUGUCUGUUUAUAGCUUUAGAGUAAUUAUAUUGUUGGCAAAUUAAAGUAAGAAUAUACUGUAUUGUUAAAUAUGUAAAUUUGGAGAUUCUGUGGAUAUAAGAACAGAUGCUCUGCCUCGCAGGCAUCCGCAUACUCAGGACAUUGCUUGCAUACAGUAUAUGCUACACACCCAAUGCAAAUGUUUUUAAUCAAUUUAAUGUAAAUAAAGCUGGCCUAGAUUCAAACAUGUGGAAUACAUUGUACCUGUUCUACCACCCAUCCCUAUGUAAAAGUAUGUUCCAAAUGAAUAAAUAUGUUGAUACCCCUUUCAAUAAGCAGUGGGUGUACUGUAUUCUCCCUUAAUUUUCUUGGGCUCUCUAGACUAAAUGGACAUUUUGUCCUGGUACCCCCGCGGCAAGAGUCCCCACGGUGGGCGUCCCCGCCGGGCCCACGUCCCCUCUAGA